AUGAAAUGCCCAUUUCCUAACCACAGAUCACAAGUUGAAAGAUUUUGUAUAAAUCUAACCUGUUGUGAAAUGUCGCGCUUAUCUUGCAAUGAAUGCUAUCAAUAAAGCUUCCAUUGUGGUCAUCAAAAAGAUUAAGAUUUAAUUACUAAUUUACCUGGUUUCAUAGAAAAUAUAUCAAAUUAAUGUGAAAAGGAUGUAAUUAAGAUACUUGGGGAUCUAGGAGAUAAAAUAGCAUUACUUUUUUUUUCAAUAAAAGAUAAAAUUAGGCUCUAAUUUUAAAUAUCAUCAUCAAGAUUAUAGAACCUAAAUAGCAAUUAAAUAAACUAAAUGCUAAGCUAACUAAUGGAAUUAAACAAUGUUAAAACAGAACUGACAGAAAUAGAAGUUAUAGCACAAAAUCUAUUAGAUGUGUUAAACCAAAAAUUAAAAAACCUUGGGUCUAAGGAAAAUGGUUAUUAGCAACCGUCUUGCUAAUAAUCUGCUGAAGCAAUAAACUAUUUCAUUGAAGGUAAAUCUUUUCUAUAAAUUAGGUUUGAAUUUAUUUUCAAAGGGAGAUUACCUGCAAGCCUUAACAUCUUUUAAUACUUCAUUAAAGUUCAACCCAAAUGAUAUAGAUGUAAUGUUAUGGAAAGGUAAAAAUUACAAUUAAUUAGGUGAUUGUUUAUUUUUUAAUAACUAAUUUAAUGACUCUCUUAUGUAGUUUAGAUAAGUUUGGAAAUUAGAUUCGACUAACAGUAAAUCCUUGCAAGGAAUAGGUAUGCUUUUAUAUCAUAGAAAAUAGGAGAUUCCCUAUAUAGGUUACAAUAAUACAAAGAAUCGAUCGAUUGGCUUGAUUAGGCGUUAAAUUAUAAUCCUUAAAAUGUGUAGGCAUUAUCAAAGAAAGGUAUUGAAUUUAGUAAUUUUAUUUAGGAGACUGUUUAAAGUAAUUGAAAAAAUAUUAAGAAGCUGUUACUUUCUAUGAAAAAGCCUUAGGUGAGAAACCAGAUGAUUUUUGGAUAUUAUAAUCAAAAGGUUUAUAAUUGGAAAUAUCUUAGGGUCAUGUUUAAUAAUGA